AUGGCCGACAUCACCGCCGUCGGUGAAGAGAACCCUUCUCCCACUCAGGACGACCUGCAGCAGGCCGCCGGUAACGGCGCCGCUGACAACCGCGGCACCAAACGCUCUCGCAUGAGCGCUGCCGACGACGACGAUGACGAUGAUGACAAGCCGGGUCGCGAGCGGAGAAAGAUUGAAAUCAAGUUCAUUCAGGAUAAGUCGCGUCGCCAUAUCACCUUCUCCAAGCGGAAGGCGGGUAUCAUGAAGAAGGCAUAUGAACUUUCCGUCCUCACUGGUACUCAAGUACUGCUUUUGGUCGUGUCUGAGACCGGUCUCGUGUAUACUUUCACCACCCCUAAGCUCCAACCAUUGGUGACCAAGCCGGAGGGCAAGAACCUGAUUCAGGCCUGUCUCAACGCUCCCGAUCCGACCGCCAAUGAGAACGGCGUCGACGCCCCGGAGGUGCCUGCUGAGACUCCCGAAGAUGUCAGCCACGCCAAUGUCAACCCUCAGCAGCAGAACAUGCCCCGCCCUGCAGGCAUGCACCCCGGUUACAUGACGAACGAGCAGCAGCAGCAGAUGGCCUACUAUCAGAACCUCCAGCAGCAGCAGCAAGCAGGUCAACAAUAUCCCGGUAUGCCUGUAGGCAACCGGAUGCCCCCUCAGCAUCAGCCUACCGCAUAA